CUCUCGGCGCCGCGCCUGGAGCGUCGGUCCCAGAGACCGGCACGAGAGAGGAGGGGGAGAGUGGGCCUGUUUCUCGGGUGGCCAAUCCACCGAGCCCGCGGUGCCCCAGAGGAGGCGCCAGCGCCAGGCCAGCGCCAGGCUGGGGCUGCCUGCUUCCCGCGGCAAAGUACAAAUGCGCCCGAGCGCGGCGCCUGGCGCCCUUGGCGAGCACAGCCGGCCCGCGCGCAGCCUCCCCCGCGGCCGCCGCGCCGUCGCCGCCGCGGGUACCGCCGCCUCGCCGGGCCCCAGGACCCCAGGGCCCGAGCCCGAGCCCAGCGAGCAGGGGGCGCCGGCCGCUUCUAGCCCGCGCGCCCCGAGCAGCCCGCCGGCCCCGCGCGCCUCGCCCCACGCGGCGCGCUCCGCAGAGCCCGGUCCUCUCGCGUCUUUCUGCUCCUCCCCGCCCUCUCACCUUCUGCGUUGCUCUCCUCGCUCUUGCCUCUCGGCCACCUUCCUCCAUCUCUCCAUCUCUCCCGCUCCGUUCCCGUCCCACCUUCCUCUUAGUCCCACCGCGGACCUCCCUCGCCACCUUCUUCUGGACGCUGCUUCCACUGCAGCGGUUGCCCCUGCCGGGUCCGUGCCUUGCGCUGUGCCCCCGUGCCUCAGUGUCCCCCUCAUCGCACUUUCUCCCGGCUCAGCGCCUGGAGGCCUGGCCCCGGGAAGAGGGAGGAUGGUUCCCGAGGUGAGGCUCCUCUCCUCCUUGCUGGGACUCGCGCUGCUCUGGUUCCCCUUGGACUCCCACGCACGAGCCCGCCCAGACAUGUUCUGCCUUUUCCACGGGAAGAGAUACUCCCCUGGCGAGAGCUGGCACCCCUACCUGGAGCCCCAGGGCCUGAUGUACUGCCUGCGCUGUACCUGCUCCGAGAGUGCCCACGUAAGUUGCUACCGCCUCCACUGCCCGCCUGUCCACUGCUCCCAGCCUGUGACGGAGCCGCAGCAGUGCUGUCCCCGGUGUGUGGAGCCUCACACCCCUUCUGGGCUUCGGGCGCCCCCAAGGUCCUGCCAGCACAACGGGACCAUGUACCAACAAGGCGAGAUCUUCAGUGCCCAUGAGCUGCUCCCUUCCCGCCUGCCCAACCAGUGCGUCCUCUGCAGCUGCACCGAGGGCCAGAUCUACUGCGGCCUCAUGACCUGCCCGGAACCAGGCUGCCCCGCCCCCCUCCCACUGCCCGCCUCCUGCUGCCAGGUCUGCAAAGACGGGUCAGGUGAGAAAUCCUCGGAAGAAGACACCACGGAGCCUCACCCUGGGGCGAGACACUCCCAGGAUCCGUGUUCCGGGGACGGCGGGAGGAAGACGGGCCUGGGCACCCCAACCCCCACUGGCCCCAGCGCCCCUCUGGGCUUCAUCCCUCGCCACUUCCGGCCAAAGGAGGCCGGCAGCACAACGGUCAAGAUUGUCCUGAAGGAGAAGCAUAAGAAAGCCUGUGUGCACGGCGGGAAGACAUACUCCCAUGGGGAGGUGUGGCACCCAGCCUUCCGCUCCUUCGGACCCCUGCCCUGCAUCCUGUGCACCUGUCAGGACGGCCGCCAGGACUGCCAGCGUGUGACCUGCCCCACCGAGUACCCCUGCCAUCGCCCCGAGAAAGUGGCUGGGAAGUGCUGCAAGAUUUGUCCAGAGGACAAGGCCGACCCUGGCCCCAGUGAGGUCAGCACCACCAGGUGUCCGAAGGCGCCAGGCCGAGUCCUCGUCCACACGUCGGUGUCCCCGAGCCCGGACAACCUGCGUCGCUUUGCCCUGGAGCGUGAAGCCUCCGAGCAGGUGGAGAUCUACCUCUGGAAGCUGGUAAAAGAUGAGGAAACUGAGGCUCAGAGAGGUGAAGUGCCUGGCCCAAGGCCACACAGCCAGAAUCUUCCACUUGAUUCAGAUCAAGAAAGUCAGGAAGCAAGACUUCCAGAAGGAGGCACAGAACUUCCGGCUGCUCACUGGCACCCACGAAGGUCACUGGAACGUCUUCCUAGCCCAGACCCCGGAGCUGAAGGUCACGGCCAGUCCAGACAAAGAGACCAAGACCUUAUAACAAAGACCUGAACAGCUGCAGAUAUGAGCUUUGUCAUUUUUGUUGUUAUAUAUUAAUAAAUAAGUGUAGUU